AUGCGGAAAACAGUCAAUCAUUGUCCUGCAGACAUCGUCAUGGCACCAUCACGAUGCCCAUUGACUGAUCUCGAGGAGGCAGACGAUGUUGUUAUAUUCGCGAAAAGCAGCGCGAAACUUCAACAUGUCGUCAAUCUUGUAUCGAAGCUGGCUGCAGCCUAUGGUCUACGUCUACGCCUGAUAAAUGCAAGCAGAUGUGGAUCUCUUCGAGACCUCGAAAGGGAAUCAGGGUGGACAGACAACCGAUAG